CAAAAAUAGAAUACGAAACUUAGGUAUCUGUAUAAAACGGCAGUAGAAAGCAAAGAUCGCACACAUCACAGUAGACAAAAUGGCAGCGGCGGUGCUACUUAAGCAUACUGUACUUAUUGUACUGGCAUGUCUAGUGUAUGAUGCGCACGCAAAACCAAAUGGCCGUGGUAGAAGCUUUGAGAAAUGUAGAAAAGAUCUUGAGCGCUGUAUGAGUAGUGGAAGAGGGUUUGCUUGCCAAGGUACUGGGUUAAAAGUCAUGUGUAGACAAAGAGGUGUGAUGUGUGAUGGUAACGUAGACUGUCCUUGGGGAGAGGACGAGAAAUACUGCAAUCGUCUAACAAUAAGACCUUCUUCACGUACCAAAUUUACCACCACAACAAUUGUCAGAACAACAACAACAACCCAAACCAGUACCACCACCUCGACCAGAACUAACUCAGUCACCAGUACAUCCACCACAACUUCCCAGGGCGCUUCACCUUCCAUCACCACGACUACUUCCACGCCUUUCGUAUCAUUGGCUUCCAGCAGUGCCUGGUUUGCGACGACAGUAACAUCUACACUUACUGAAGCAGUUAUUGCAGCAGUACGUCUUAAUAGCGGUGACCCGAUCCCAGCCGGGUCAACAUGUAUAUUAAGAGCAGUAGAUGCGGGUGCCGAUGUUGGGGAUUCUGACUUUCGAUUCAGCAGGACCUCCACGGAAUCAAUUCUAAUCGUUUCAGUCACCGCGACCUGCACACCGACAACUGCAACUGUGCAUUAAACAGGCGUACUGUCUAAAUAUGUUUGAAGCAGUAAGCAUGCUUGAUAUAGUAGCAAAAUCGUGUUUUACUUAAAUUAAUACAGUCAAAAUGAGUUAUACGUCGUCAGAAUUAUUCACUCGGGGCUACGCCCCCGUAAAAUUAUUCUGCUUACGUAUAACCAUUUUUUCAUGUAUUAAUAACGUUAAAACACGAUUUUUCUAUACAUUAUUUCUUAAAUAAUGUUAACAAGAGAAAUAAUUCAAAAUACUAUGAACAGUCUAGCGACUAAUAGGGUCUUAACACUUGGUUUUGUUGUAACUCUGUGAUUCCAGCAGGUAUGCAAAUUUUGAUUCCACACCUCGUGUUUUUAUUUCGAUGUAAAUGAGAUGUGAAACCAAAAUUUGUAGUCCUGUUUGGCGCCAUAUAACCUAUAUUGUGUUGGUGCGCCGUAAAACCCAAAUAAAUAACUAAAUAAAUAUUUAAUUAUUAACGUGUAAUCGAAAGGAUUCACGGUUGUAAUUUCCAAAAUAUUCUUCUUUUAUCUGACGGCAAUUACUGUCGCUAUGUACAUUAUUUAUUUUGUAACAAUCACUGCAUUUUUUUGUCGAAUUACUUUCGAACAAAAUUCUUCUAAUAUCCAACGUAAGAUAGGAAGGGUUAUUCUUUUUAAGUUCCAAAAUGUCUUUUGUAUUGUUUUAAGACAACUGUCACUGUUGCUAGUAGUAAUGAUCGACAAACAUUUGGAACGCUCUUUGUUUCCAUCUAUAAUAGAAUAUGAAUGGUAUGUAACAAUUUCAUUGUUGUCAAAAUCCUGAAUGUAAAUCCUUUGCAAGUUAUUCCAAUAGCAGUUUCCGAGAAAGAUCAAUCAAGUCACAACCUACCACAAAUAUUUUUUAGAUAUCGGUCAUAAUUUAGGCUGCACUGAUAAGGUUUGACGGCUAGGUGCGUCUUUGAUAAACACAUCAAAAUCUCUCUUUCUUAACAGCUUGAACAUCUUUUUUUUCUACCGAAAGCAUGAUGCAGUUAUACAGACAGAACACAACAAUUAAGAAAACAAAAACACUGAGG